GCGGGCCCGGUGCGCCUGCGCGCGGCACGCGCCCGUUUCCUCCGCCGGGGAGCGGUUGGCGGCGGUUGGUGGCGGAGGCGACGAGUUCGUCUGUGUAACUCAAAGCAAGAGUUAUCCCCGUCACCUCUUCAGCGUUUAUAAGAGAGCUGAGAAGAUGGUGAAUGUCCUGAAAGGUGUUCUGAUUGAAUGUGACCCAGCAAUGAAGCAGUUUCUGCUCUACCUGGAUGAGUCAAAUGCAUUGGGAAAGAAGUUCAUCAUACAAGACCUGGAUGAAACUCAUGUCUUUGUAUUAGCCGAGUUGGUUAGCUUCCUCCAGGAGAGAGUGGGCGAGUUAAUGGACCAGAACUCUUUUCCUAUUACUCAGAAGUAAAAAAACCACCUAGAGAAGUGAGAUUAUUGCAAAUUUUGGAAUAGUGAGUUUCAAUAGCUUGCUUUGCUACUGUUAGUUCUAAGAGGAAGUGGCUACUCUAGAAAAUUGAUCAUUUUCAUAGGCAAAAUACUUUUGAAUUGGAUUUUAUUUCUCAUUCAUUAAAAUCCUUGAAAUGAUACACUUGAGGAGUGGCCUAGAGAAUUUUUAAUGUGCGCUCCCUGUUUUUCUUUAGAAUUUUUAACUUGCCAGAUUGUAUGACUCAAAGAUGAGAGUAGUGUUUCUGUAUUAGAAUGGUAUAUUAAAGCCUCUGACAUAUUACAUUGUCCUGGUUUAAUGGGUUUUAUACACCAAAACAAAAGUUGGUAUGAGAUUUCUCUUGGAUUUGGUGGUUUUUUGGUUUGCUGUUUCUUUGUUUAUUUUUUUCUAAACACUUUACAAAUGCCCCAUACUACUCGCCUGCUUUUACCAAGGCUGUGCUUUCUGUGUUGUUCUGGGUUUGGGGAGUGGUGAAUAAUAGAGAGAUGGGGACAACAAAAUCCAUUACCCCAGAUCAUCACGUUUUAACUGCAAAUUGAUUACUUGCAUAUUGACAAUAGCAAAUUAAAGGGGUGAAUUGUUGAUCUACCUAUGAAGAAAAAAGCUAGUUUAAUUUUGGGGUGGGUUGGGAUUGUUUUGCCCUUCAGGUUAGCUCUUCCUCCCUGCUUGCACUUUGCUCCAAAGAGCCUUAUAGUUUCAUAGGUUUUUAUACAUAGAGUAAAAAUUCUGAUUUGCAUUUGUAGCUCAUUAUCUCAGACCCUGGCUUAUUUAGUAAGCCAGCUAGUGCAUAAUGAUAAAACCUGUGAAGUUUUCUGUCUAGAAAUGUGGUAGAUACAGAUGACAGAAACAAAAAGAAUAUUGUGUAUUACCUUUUCUCUUACCCUACUUACUACUCAAAAUAGUCAAAUUUCUUUGACUUAUGAGUAAUAAUUUAUGAAUGAAAGACUUCCUAGAAUAUUAUUUCAAAGGGAAGCUUGGUUUUCAGACUUGCUGUUCUUCAUUAGGUAGAUGCCAUCUUUUUAUCUUUGGGGGAAAAACAAUUGUAAAUAGGCUUUUAUAAGGAACAUUUUUCUUUGUUGCCUCUUCCAUUUGCUUUUUUUUGCUUGUCCAGUAGAUAUCAGGUUAGUUGAGGUUAUGUUUUGUUUCUUUUCUAGGAAUAGGGAAGCUUCAGAAGAAAGGUUCAUUGGAUGUUUUUAGUCAAAAAGCUAUCCAAAGAGUGUUGUGCAGAAUUGCAUAUUGUGUGAAUGAGCACAUAGCCCUGUGGAAUUCACCUUCAUGUAGUUUCUGCCCCAAUCCAUCCCUUUCCCUCUGGCUGUACAGAACUAUGGGGUUUGGUCCAAGUUGUUUCAUCUUUCUUUUACGAGUGGAUGCUUCCCUCGUUACAUAGAUGAAGAACCAGCUACACAUCUUCACUUGAAAUAAAAAGUUGAAAUUUUAA